UAAUUGUAUGUAAUCCUUGGUACUUUGGAUUCUAGCUUAGAGCCAAGGCAAUGUCAGUUUAAUUCUUUUUUCCUUUUCAAAAUUCAAUAAUUUUGCUAUUUUGAUUGUGGUGUGCAAAAAUGAAAAGAAUUUUGUAGCAGCUUUUCCAAUCCCAGAUACUUCUUUUUUACUUUCCUUUUGGUUCUGUAAUGUUUAUGAGGUCUCACAUAUAAGUUUUGUACUGGCUUAGGGCUAGGGUCUAGGGUUCAAUUUGUUAUUAUCCCUUAAAUAUAUAUGGAUCAAAGCUUAGAAUUAUUUUGGGCCUGAAACAAAAACACCGACCCAAUUCUCUUAUUGUUUCGUGUUGAACUCCACCAUUUAUGGCUGUCAAACAGCACGGAAAAUAAGCUUGUGAGAGAAAUAAAGUAAAAAGGAUGAUCGCGUACCUACGAAGAUGUCCAAAUUUAACUAUCCUAUGUGGAACCGAUGUUGUCUUCCUCCAGCGUUUUCUACACAAUGGUCCGGACACCGUGGAAGAGCUUCUUGACAGACACGUAGUGAAGGAGAAAUCCCUAGAGGAUGAGGAAGAGUCGCUGAACCGACAGCGCCUCACCAGCACUCGACGAGAGGCACUGAGUCUCUACCGCGACAUCCUUCGAGCCACCCGAUUCUUCAUGUGGCCCGAUUCUCGGGGCGUUCUGUGGAGGGACAUAUUGAGAGAGAACGCGAGGAAGGAGUUCGAGGAAGCUCGCUUCGAGAAGGAUCCGGAAGUUGUGACCCGAUUGCUUAUCGGUGGGCGUGAUGCGGUUGAAUCCGCAUUGGAGAAGCUAGCCGAGAAGCAGAGGCAUCAGAUUCAGAAGGAGCGGGGAGAUGGUCGGUGAUGAUUGAUUCAUUUCUUUACUCUCUCUGAUUUUGAAUUUGAUUAUCCUUUCAAUGAAGAACAAAUGUUGUGUUUCGGUCUUAUAAAAAUUGAUUCAUUUCUGAA